AUGGAGACGAGCAGCCCGAGGAUGACGGCCGGCCCCCGGGAGGCGCAAGUGAACUGCUCCCCGGCGGUGGCGGCCAACGCGGAGGGAGAGGAGAUCGAGGUUUUGGAAAGUACCGACGUCCUUCCAGUGGCUCCAGAGGACCAAUGGAAGUCUCUGUUUGACAAGUAUGACCCAGAGAACUCGGGCUUCAUCAGUACAGACCGAUUCAGGGACCUUCUGGCGGCACACGGCUCCGAGCUUGACCCCCACAAACUGGAAGUCCUGUUGGCCCUCACCAAUGGAAACGCUGAUGGCAAAAUCUGCUACCAGGACUUUGUAAACCUCUCUCUCCCUUCCUCCUAUCUCCAGAUGAGUAACAAGCGCUCCAACAGUUUCCGGCGGGCCAUCCUGCAGGGGAGCAGGCAGCUGAAAGGCUGCAGUCUCAGGGAUGAGGUUGGCCUGGGGCUCUCGCAGCGGCUGGUCCGACACGUCGCCUACGAGACGCUGCCGCGUGAGGUCGACCGCAAGUGGUACUUUGACAGCUACACCUACUGCCCCCCGCCGCUGCUCAUUCUGGCGAUCACCAUCGCUGAGGUAGCCGUGUUCAUGUACUACGGGCUCCAGCUGGAACGCUUGGUCCUGCAGGUGUCCAGCCCGUCAUUCCUAAAGAGCCCCUUACCCUACCACCCCCAGCUACGAGCCCAGGCCUGGAGGUACCUCAGCUACAGCUUCAUGCACACUGGCAUUGAACACCUAAGCCUCAACAUGGCCAUGCAGCUGCUGGUGGGAGUCCCAUUAGAAAUGGUCCACGGGGCCCUGAGGAUCGGACUGGUCUACGUGUGUGGUGUGCUGGCAGGAUCAUUGGCGGUGUCCGUCACAGAUAUGACGGCUCCAGUGGUCGGGUCAUCUGGGGGAGUGUACGCACUGGUCUCAGCACACUUGGCUAAUGUUGUAAUGAACUGGUCGGGAAUGAAGUGUCAGUUUAAGCUGUUCCGGAUGGCAAUGGCUCUGGUGUGCAUGAGUGUCGAGUUUGGUCGGGCGGUGUGGUUGCGGUUCUACCCGCCGGCCUUUCCUCCCUGCCCCAACCCCAGCUUUGUAGCACACCUGGGAGGGGUGGUGGUCGGCCUGACACUGGGCGUGGUGGUCCUGCAGAACUACGAGCAGCGGCUCCAGGAACAGUCCCUGUUUUGGAUCUUUUUCUGCGUCUACACCCUGUUUGUUCUUUGCGCCGUCUUUUGGAACAUUUUCGCCUACAGCUUGCUGGAUGUGCGACUGCCACCGCCGCCGUGA